UUCAACUGCAGGGAAAUUGUUUUCACUGUCUUUACAUCAGCCAUACAAGGUUAAGGUAAGCUUGGCAGCAGAGUAUAAAAACAGUUUAAACGCAUUGUUUUAGUGAGCAAGAAGCUAAAUAACUCCAAGCUGUCUGUUCGAGGACUGUGACGGAUAUAAAGCUGUAGGACACUUUAAGACAACCGGCAUUCAGAUGAGUUCACCUGGUACACAUGAGGCUGAGGAAAGAAGCAACCCUACAGGCAGUGCCAGGACUCUUGCCCUAACCGUGUGCUUUGCUGCCAUCGGAGGAACGUUCCAGUACGGCUACAACAUCUCAAUCAUCAACGCCCCCACCAGCUACAUCCAGAACUUCAUCAAUGACACAUACAUGGAGCGCUGGGAUGUGGCCUUGGAUACCCCUCAGGUGACCCUGGUGUGGACCCUUGUCGUGUCGGCGUUCUCGCUGGGCGGGUUGCUGGGGGCCCUGCUCGCGGGGCCCAUGGCGGUCCGCUUCGGGAGGAAAGUGUCGCUGCUUUUGAACAACUCCUUCAUGCUGGUGGGUGCUGUGUUUGUGCUGACGUGUAAGGCGGCAAAGUCAUUCGAGAUGAUCAUCCUGGCCCGGUUCCUGGUGGGGAUCAACUGCGGGGUCAGUAUGAACAUCCAGCCCAUGUACUUCGGCGAAAGUGCUCCCAAACACCUGAGGGGCGCCGUGGCGUUUUCCUCUGCGGUCUUCACUGCGUUUGGAAUCUUCUUCGGACAGGUCGUCGGACUCACCGAGCUGCUGGGUUCGGAGCCCCUUUGGCCCUACUUACUAGCUAGCAACGCCCUGCCAGCCAUGAUCCAACUGGUGACCCUGCCCUGGUUUCCGGAAAGCCCCAGGUAUCUUCUCAUCGACCGUGGAGACAAGGAGGCGUGUGUCCGGGCUCUUGGAAGACUGCGCGGAGGACUUGUUCCUGCUCUCGAGAUGGAGGAGAUGCUUCAGGAGCAACAGAUGUCCGGGGCCCUAAAGUCUGGUUCUUUGUCUCCUGCCAAGACACCGUGGUCCCUGUUCAAAGAUCCUGACCUACGGUUCCAACUCCGGACGGUCAUGACUGCCAGCAGUGCCAUGAUGCUCUGUGGCAACGACUCCAUCUACUUCUACGCAUCCUACAUAUUUCUGGAAGCGGGGAUCCCACCAGAGAAAAUUCAGUACAUCACCAUUGGAACGGGGGCAUCUGAGUUUAUUGCCUCCAUACUGAGUAACCUCCUGAUUGAACGGGUGGGCCGCAGGUACCUUCUCAUCGGGGGGUACAGUCUAAUGGUUUGCUGGACUAUUGUCUUCACCGUUGCCCUUACCCUUCAAGGCCAAGGGGUCGCGGGGAUGGCGUACCUCAGCAUGGCAUGUGUGUUCGCCUACAUCCUCAGCUUCGGCUUGGGCCCUGCGGGGGUCACCGGGAUCCUACCGGCCGAGAUCUUCGACCAGACGGCUCGGCCAGCGGCGUACAUGGUCGCUGGCUCGCUCAUGUGGAUCAGCCUGUUCUUGGUCGGAAUGCUGUUCCCCUUUAUUGUCAACGGAUUGGGAAACUACUGCUUCCUGCCAUUCCUGGUCGUUUGUUUGGUUUCGGCUGUCGCGUUGGGUCUAACCCUGCCAGAGACCAAGGGUAAGACUCUGGCAGAGAUCACGGCAGAGUUUGAUAGAAAGAACGGAAAGGCGGUGCCGAUUGAGGCGCAUGAACAAUACCAGCUAGGCAAAGCAAGCUCCUUCACUGCACUGACAGAUAAUCCUGAACCACAAAACUGUACUCUAGGAAAAGCCUAACUUUAUUCAUGCAUAUUAAAUAGGGCUGGACGACAUAGAAAAAAAAUCAUAUUGAUCGAUAUCGAUAAUUAUCAACAAAUUCAAAACCUAUUUUAAGUGCACCCCUGACCAUAUUGUGCUGUUACUUAGCGACCUAUUUUUAGAUACUGAACACACAAACACUGGAUUCAAACUCAACUGAUUAUUCAACCAAGUUUUUACCAAAACCACAAGUAUAAAAAAAAAAGAAUGCAUGCUCUCUGAACUCUUUGAAGGGGGCGGAGAUUGGUGACGGAGCG